CUGCUCCAAUCAGUCGGCCGCUUGCUUUCAGCCAGUGCAGAGGUUGUCGCGUGUUUGGCAUCCGCUCUUAAGAUAUUAAAACGUGUGUGCGACGAUAUUAUUGAAAAACGCCGACGCUCGUACACCUAAACAACGACAUUGAUGGCUUACAAUCUGGGUACCUAUUAAACGGGGGCUCAGUGUGCGGGCGUGUCGCGCAACUUGACUAUAUAUCUUUAUAUACGUGUAUAUAUCAAUAUACAUAUAUUGAUGUGAAUAAAACCCGUUCCGUUUUAGGUUUUUGCGUGGUAAUAACUACAACUCCGGCGCCAGGUCACAUUCGUUAUCAGAUAAUCAAACAAGAGAAGCGAAGCAGUAAGGAAAAGGUGAUUUCUAUUGAAAUUAUGUAAUUUAUUAUGCAAAUCAAAAGACCAUAAGCAAUAGCAAUUAAAGCAAAGCUUGUGCGUGAUAUAGAAAAAGCAAAUAUAAUCAAAUAAUAUUUAAAUAAAAAUAAAAGAAAAGCCGCAGUAUGCACAAUACAUCUUCCUCGUGUGCCUGGUACUUGCCUUGGAGCUUGGCCGCUCAGCAGCAUCAUCACAAGCUGCUGGCCAUGCAGACGCCCUUCGCGGACAAGGUGCCGCCAGGUGCGCUGUACGCUGCACAACCGCAAUUGCAUCAGCCGCAGCCGCAGCAGCAGCAACAGCAACAGCAGCAACAACAACAGCAGCAACAUCAGCAGCAGCAGCAUCUGCUCCAGCAACAGCCGCAGCAGCAUUCACCGAAUACUGCAGCAGCUCCACCCCCAAACUAUCAGCAACCCGCGCUGCAUCCAAGCGCCGGCACCCAUUUUCCCUUGGCGCCUGGCUACAAUUUCAAUCAGCCGCUGCUUAAUGCUGCUGGCCAGACGAGCAGCUAUGCAGGACAGCCUCAUCCGACGCACAGCCACUCGCAGACGCAUCUGCUGCAGUCCUCCAUGUUCCCGCCACUUUCGCUGAGCGCCUACUAUUCGGCCGCAGCAGCAGCGGCGGCUGCUGCAGGAGCAAAUCAUGCCAACGCUGUCGCCGCCUUUGGUGGCGUUCCAUUGUCGGCCCAGCAGGCUCUGCUGGCUGCUGCCACCGUAGCCGGCUCAACGGGCAUGCCGCAGUCGCCGCCGGUCCAAGUGCCGGUCCAAAUGCCCGUACAGGUGCCCGUAUCCGUGUCGGUGCCGCGCCCAGCACCGCCGCCCGCGUGUGCGCUGGUGCAGCCAUUGAAUUGCAUGCCUCAGGAUCUGCAGCAUCUCUCUUCCAUUAAUCUAAACCUGGGCAACGUGAUGGCCCUGAGAAAUCAUGGAGCUGCCGCCGCCGCCGCCGGACUCACAUCCAUCAAAGCGCUACCAAACCCAACGUCUCUAACAAUUAACAGAAAGCUGACAAACGUUAGCGAGCUGGAAAAGCAAAAGGUAAAAAUACCCGAGAAGCGAAAAACCGAGGACACGGAACAAAUUAAAGAUUUGAAAAAGGCAAAGUUGGAGACAAAGGCCUUGAAGGCCAAAAGACCUGGAUUCACUGAUGAAAGAUACCAGGAAACCUCAUACUAUAUCGAAAAUGGUCUACGCAAGGUGUAUCCAUAUUACUUCACCUUCACGACCUUUACGAAGGGCCGCUGGGUGGGCGAGAAGAUAUUGGAUAUAUUCUCCAAGGAGUUUCGCGCACAUCCAGCUGAGGAAUAUGAGCGCUGCAUACAGACCGGCACCCUGACCGUUAACUUCGAAAAGGUGCCCAUUGACUACCGGCUGAAACACAAUGAUCUAUUGGCCAACAUUGUGCACAGACACGAAGUACCCGUCACUUGCCAACCAAUCACAAUAGUGCAUAUGGAUGAGGACAUUGUGGUUGUUAAUAAGCCAGCCUCUAUACCAGUGCAUCCAUGUGGGCGGUACAGGCAUAAUACUGUAGUCUUUAUACUCGCUAAGGAAUUCAAUCUGAAGAACCUACGCACAAUUCAUCGGCUGGAUCGGCUUACGUCCGGACUGCUCUUGUUCGGCCGCAGUCCGAAGAAGGCGCGCCAAAUGGAGCAGCAGAUACGCAACAGACAAGUGGAGAAGGAAUACAUCUGUCGAGUGGAGGGCAUUUUUCCAGACGGUGUCGUGGAAUGCAAGGAGCCCAUCGAGGUGGUCAGCUACAAGAUAGGCGUAUGUAAGGUCUCUCAGAAGGGCAAAGAUUGCACCACAACCUUCCAGAAGCUAUCCCAGAAUGGAAAAACCAGCGUGGUGCUCUGCAAGCCGCUCACAGGACGAAUGCAUCAAAUUCGUGUUCACCUGCAAUAUUUAGGCUUUCCUAUACUUAAUGAUCCCUUGUAUAACCAUGAGGUGUUCGGUCCUCUGAAAGGCCGCGGUGGAGACAUUGGGGGCAAGACGGACGACGAGCUAAUACGGGAUCUCAUUAAUAUACACAAUGCGGAAAAUUGGCUGGGCAUCGACUGCGACUCGGACAUAUCAUUGUUUAAGAAUACUAAGGAUGAGACGGAUCUGGAAAGCCUGAGCAGCGAUCAAACGUUUGCCGUGCAUCACAGCGAUGAUGACGUGGGCGUCAAUUCAAGGGAGACUACGCCACCAUGCUCGGAGAAUCACCAAAGCGCAGAGGCCCUCAAGCAGCUGCACUCAACAAAUAGCAGUCCAGUGCUCCCGGCUAAGGCAGAUGCAGCCACCGAGUCUUCGGUCCCAAAUGAAGUCCCCACGGACCAGGCCUUGGCCUCCGAUAAAGUGGUCAUUGACAAGCAUUGCUAUGAGUGCAAGGUGCACUAUCGAGACCCCAAGCCUAAGGAUCUAGUCAUGUAUUUGCAUGCCUGGAAGUAUAAGGGUCCCGGCUGGGAGUACGAAACUGAACUGCCGAGCUGGGCGCUGACCGAUUGGGAUGACUGCGAGCUCAACUCUGAGAAAGCUGUAAAUUAAAUGGAUUCUUUAAGUCGGUCGUAGUUCUAUUUAUAAUAUGCCUUAGUUCUCAAGUAUCACCAAACAACACAAGACGAAUGAAAUGAAGAACCAAACAAAAACAGUGCAAUAAACAAUGACCAAUCUUUGAUGAACCAAAC